CUUUCGCGAAGCCCCCCCCCCACCGGUUGUUGACAACUCACUGGACUUUCAACCAUGGUGCAAGACGACGUGAGCUUCCUGACAAUCGACCCACCUGCCGGGAAGGAUGAUCCCAAACGAUCUGCUAGUGAUCCCUCCAGCAUUGAAAGAGAACAGGAGCGGCACCAUCGUUGUGCCAGAAGAUGUGGAUAGCCUAGUAGAGGACAUGUCCAAUGGAGGAUCAGUUGACGGUAAUGGCGCCGAAACAGACGCUGUCGAGCAAACGAAUGCGCCGGUUGGUGCGGCCGCGGAGCAAGAUGAACUAAAUCCUUACAUCGAUGCUAUCAUCGUAUUCUUUGCUCUCCUCGGAAGGCUCAUGCGCGAAUUGGCAGCUCGGGUGUUGGGUGCCUUCCACGCCUUCAUCGCAUGGGUUUUUGCUGUGGGCCGAGUAGUCGUGCUUGUCAUGGCGGUCAUGUAUCUGCUCAAUAGCAAAAAGUCUUCGUUUGCCUCGCCCAAAAACGAUUUGCAGGACUUUGUGCUCGUUCAGCAAGAGAAAGGCGUAUCAGAGGUGGCAUCCUUCCAUGACUUGAAAACUGACAAGUUUGAAGAAUAUGCUGCAGCCAUUUGUGUGGAAGGAGGGGCAUCAUUGGAGGCUACACGCAAGGCGCUUGCAGGUGGCCUUGAGGGUGUUCCGCAGAGUGUUCAGCAAGAUGUUGUAAAGAGGGCUUUGGCAGAGGGUAUCACUGCCAAGAACAUGUGGAAAAACUCAAAUGCUGAUCUUGUUGACUCGAGCAAAGCCCAUAGUUACAUGGGGUACUUCUCCACUGCCUAUGAUUCUGGUUCGGACGAGUACAAAACUUGUGUUACAGUAACUGGUCUUACCUUCAGUGUGGCUGAGACUGUUGCAGGGUAUACAGAGACAGAGGAAGUUUACAAAGCUGGCACAAAGCUUGACUGCACUGGUGCCUUUUUCCGAUGUUGGGAGGUUCCGUACUUCGCCACCCGAGUUGUCAAAACUCCACAUUUCAAGCGAAGUGUCUUGUCUUUGGAACAACAAAAGGGGCUUCACUCAUGGAUGAUCCAUCGGGCCAUUGAGUCUGCUAGCUAUCUCGUGACAUAUUCGGACAACGUGGGCCGUGAUAAACGUUUACCAUCUGGAGAUGCAAAGGGAUGGGACUGGAGUCCUCCUGCAUAUGUUGAUGAGCUCUAAGCGCACACUGCCCUCUAGUAGAGAACGAGUCAGGAAUCAAGCAUUUGAAAGAAGUGAGGCAUACAGCAUACAGAUAUCCAUGCAUACCGGUAGUUUCCGAGGCUUUGCAGUUUUCGCUGCGCAGUGCAUUUUGGAGGCUUAUAAAUCGCCUUUUACUUUUACUCCACGUCUAUUGUGGUACAGUCCUCAGAAGUCAGACUUGACUCGACUCGACGGGGAUCAGGUUCAAUCAUCUUGCCAUGAGUAAUACAAUCGAAGAAUAGAAUGAAGCAAAUCACACUUGUACCAGGUACAACUAGCUGUAGACAUUCGUGCGACUAUGGUAGCGGUACGGUACGCCGCGAGU